UGUGCAGAGGAUUUGCAUUUUGCUGCCAAAGCUUGGUGAAAGAACUUGACUUACUCAUUGGGCAUGUUUAGGUUCUUGACUUUAUCGUAGGAUCUCUUGUUCAUUUCAAGUCCAUAAAAAUGGCUACUGAUGAUGUCUUCUACUUCAAUAUUUAUGACCAUGGAACAUUAGUGGAUAGGAAAAAGCGUCGAGUACAAUGCAAUUAUUGUGGUAAGGAAGUGAGUGGCUCAUGUCGUCUCAAGUACCAUUUGGGAGGUAUUCGUGGAGACGUGAUACCUUGUGAAAAGGCUCCUGAAAAUGUCAAGGAAACAUUUAGAAAAGAAUUGCUAGACAUAAAAAAAGCAAGUCUGAAUGAGCAAAUCAGAGAAACUAAAAACUUGGACUCUACACGGAAACAGGAUAGAUCCUCCGGAUGCAAUGGUGUCAAGCGUUUCAAACGUGAAGCCACUGGCUCUGAGAGUCGAAGCUAUACAGAGACGGAAUCUGAAUUAGAAGAAAGUGAGACACAAAGUGUUUCAAUUCUCAGCAAAAGGAUAGCUUUACAAACAGGCAUCAAUGCUGAGAAGAAAAAGGAUUCAAUAUCAUGGGAAACUCAAAAAUGUAUUGGUAGAUUUUUCUAUGAGAUGGGAAUUGAUUUCAGUGUUGUCAAUUCUUCAAGCUUUCGGGACAUGAUAAAUGCUCCUUUUUGUCAUGGUCAGCCAAAAUGUGAGAUCCCCAGUUGUCAGGAUCUGAAGGGGUGGAUUCUUCAUGAAGAAGUGAAGGAAAUGGAAGAGUAUGUGAAGAGGAUAAGACAAUCAUGGGCAAGCACUGGAUGUAGCAUCUUGUUGGAUGGAUGGAUUGAUGAAAAUGGUCGAAACUUGGUCAGUUUCAUUGUGGACUGUCCUCAGGGACCAAUUUAUCUCAGAUCAGCUGAUGUUUCGGCCAUUAUUGGUGAUGUUGAUGCUCUGCAGUUGCUUCUAGAUGGAGUUAUUGAAGAGGUUGGAGUUAAUAAUGUAUUUCAAAUAAUUGCAUGUUCUACAUCAGGCUGGAUGGGGGACAUAGGCAAGCAGUUUAUGGAAAGGCGAAGGUCAGUGUUUUGGACUGUGAGUGCAUCCCAUUGCAUUGAGCUGAUGCUUGAGAAGAUUGGUAUGAUGGAUUCUGUUCAGAGGAUAUUAGAUAAGACAAAAACCAUUACAAGGUUCAUUCAUGGCCAUGCAUCAGUAUUAAAAAUCUUCAGAGAUUUUACUGGUGACUGCAACCUUAUUAAGCCCUCCAUUGUGAGAUCAGCAAUGCCUUAUAUGACUCUAGAGAAUAUUGUCUUGAAAAAGAAAAAUGUGAUGGCCAUGUUUGUCUCAUCUGAGUGGAACACCUCAAACUGGGCUACUACUACAGAGGGAACAAGGGUUGCUAAUUUAGUGAAGGAUCAUUCUUUCUGGAGUGGAGCCAGGAUGGUUCUUAAGGCAACUAUACCACUUGUGCGUGUUCUGUGUUUGAUCAUUGGGGCUGAUAAACCACAAGUAGGGUAUAUGUAUGAAACCAUGGAUCAAGCAAAGGAGACGAUCAAAGAGGAAUUUAAUAACAAGAAAUCUGAAUAUAUGCCUGUUUGGAAAAUUAUUGAUGAGAUUUGGGACAAACAUCUCCAUAGCCCUCUACAUGCGGCUGGUUAUUACUUAAACCCAAGUUUCUUUUAUUCAAGUGAUUUCUUUAUUGAUCCCGAGGUUUCGUUCGGUCUGCUAUGCUGUAUUGUUAGGAUGGUGCAAGAUCAGCGGACUCAAGAUUUGAUAUCUCUUCAGCUGGAUGAGUAUAGACAUGCUAAGGGUGCUUUUAGUCUGGGGAGUGCCAUUGACCAAAUAAACAAAUAUUCUCCAGCCGAGUGGUGGUCUCAUUUUGGAGAGCAAUAUCCUGAGUUGCGGAAAUUUGCCACUAGAAUUUUGAGUCAGACAUGUGAUGGUGCUUCAAAAUAUAGUUUGAAGAGAAGUUUGUCUGAGAAGCUGAUGAAAAAGGGAAGGAAUUGUAUUGAACAACAACGAUUGAGUGAUCUGACAUUUGUUCACUAUAACUUGCAAUUGAAGAACUCCAAGUUAGUCCGGAAAGGUGACAUAGUGGCUGAUGAGAUUGAUCCAAUGGAUGAUUGGAUUGUAGAUGAAUCAUCAGAAACCGUAUCGGAAAAUGGUGACUGUGGAUGGAUGGAGUUGAACUACACUAAAUCUGAAGGGGUGACUAAUGUGGAAGGAGCUUCACUGUGCCAAGCAAAGGAAGAGCCCAGCUUAGACAUAGCAAAUAGCAAUAGUACUUGAUACUAGUUGAUCGGAUAGUGGCAUCUAAUAUGAGGUGUAUAAUCCUUCAAUGUAAAUGCUUUUUGGAAGGUGGUGUUUAUUAGGUCUGAAGUCUGUAUAUAUUUUUCUGUUAUCUUGAUGACAAACCAUGUUUAGGAAAUGUAAUGAAGUUCUUUUCAGCUGCGUGUAAAUUCACUUGCAUUGCCAAAUGCUGAGGCAGUUUGAAUGCUAUCAUAUAAACGAUAUUCUUGUACCAGACCAACAAGAAGAGUUUUUCACUCA